AUGGAAAGAAUAGAUUUAGAAUUAAUAGAAAAGGAAUUUGGCGAAUUUUAUAUGGAAGAUACCGAUUCUUUAUCUCUUCCUCAAAGAAUAAUGAAAAUUAUAAAAGGUGUUUCAAUAGACACUAUUACUAUUAACAAUCUUAAUCAAAAUUAAUUGAAUAUUGAGAGAGAAAAGUAUGAGAUAUUACUAUUAUAAUUAAGAAAAAUUAACCUCUAAGAAAAUUGUGAAGUUGUAGAAGAACUUAAAUAACUAAUCAGUCAGAUCUAAAUGGUUGUUAAAAUAUUGAGAGUUUCUUUUAACCUAGACCUAGAAAUUUUCCAAAUGCCAAUCUUUAAAAGAGUUAAAGAAUUAAAACAAAAAUUUGAUAAAUUUAACACAAAAUAUGAUGAUAAGAACAAAGAUGAGAAGAAAAUUGUAGAGGACGAAAAUUAUGUCCAAAACAAAAUUAGAACAAAUUUAUCUAUCAUUAUUAGCAUUCUAAAAAUAUUACUAAAGAGAACAAGUUAAGUGAAGCAAAAGUUGAACAAAUUGCUUUAAAAUGUUACAAAUUUUACUCUACAAGAGUGUUACGAUGAAAUGUAUACAAGUUUUUCAAGUUGGUUUUAAAAACAUUUAAACAAAAUUAAGGAAUCGCUAUUCACAACUGCUAAUAUAUAAUAAUUUGAAAAAGAGUCAAGUUAAGAAUACUUUUUAAGAAUUUAGAACAACAUAUUGUCUUGUGUAAAUUAAUCAGACAACAAUAAUAGUUAAUCAACGAAUAUUGUUGAUUUUCUCUAUAAGCUAAUGGCUGAAACAAAAGAAAAGUUAAAAAUAUCUAAAUGCGAAUUCUAGGAAAUUUAAUUUAAUCAAGAUUAUCUAGUUCAAUUAACUGAAUAAAUAUACCUACAAGAGAAAGUUGAGGAAAAUGAAGUCAAAGCUAUGGAUUAAUUCUCUGUUGAUUAUUAAAAAAAUGAUGAAUGGAAAUUUAAAUAGGGUUUAGUAUUAACUAUAAUUUAGAUUUCGUUGAAUAGCUUCACAGAAACAAUUACUCGAUUUUGUUAAAAAACUCUCAUUUAAUUAUGGAUCUUAGAAAAAGAUUAAAGAGUUAGAAAUUUAUAAAAAAUUAACACGUAAUAAGUUUAUAGAUGUAAAUUUUGUAGAAAGAUUGGUAGACUUAACAAGAUAGAAUUGCAGGAGAAAUGUAAAAAAUGUUGAGUCGAAUUGAUUUUUGUAAGAAUAAAUUACCCAGGAGGCAAAUCUUAACUAAAGAGAGCUAUAAUUGA